AUGCUCGCCGAUUUUGAGAGUGUUUUGCGCACCGACUUCUCGCUCGAUGACUGCCCUCGCAUUGGGCCCUUCGCUUGGCAGAAUGUGCCUGGCUUGGAUGUGUCAGAGGAGGGAGAUGAGUGGGGUGCGCCGACGCUCACCUCGUAUAGUUUCCUCGGAGCCGGCCCAAAGUGCAAGGACGACUUCAGUGUUAUCCCCGCAACGGGAGAAAGGCUGACGGAGGAUCCACUCAGCACCGGCAAUCGUCUUCAGACCGACAUGCGCACGUGGAGGCUCAUGAAGCCUUGCCCAGUCCCGCGCAGUAUUCCGAAGCUGGAUAUGAAGAAGGGCACCACAACACUGGGAUUUCAUUUUGAUGGCGGCAUCAUCAUUGCCGUGGAUUCCCGCGCCUCGUCAGGACAGUACAUCUCCUCCCAAACCGUCAUGAAGGUACUGGAGAUCAACGAGUAUCUUCUGGGAACAAUGGCAGGAGGGGCGGCGGAUUGCCAAUAUUGGGAACGUGUAUUAGGUAUGGAGUGCCGUUUGUGGGAGCUACGAAAUAACUGCCGCAUCUCAGUAGCAGCCGCAAGCAAAAUACUGUCCAAUAUUACGUAUUCAUACCGCAACAGUGGGCUCUCCAUGGGCACCAUGGUGGCUGGUUGGGACCAAUUUGGACCCUCUCUGUACUAUGUGGAUGAUAAAGGCACACGUGUGAAGCAUGAACUGUUCAGUGUGGGCUCAGGCUCCAUCUAUGCGUAUGGUGUCCUUGAUCAGGGGUACCGCAAGGAUCUCACUGUUGAGCAAGCGUGCGACCUUGCACGUCGUUCCAUUUUCCACGCAACUUGCAGAGAUGGCGCCUCAGGCGGUAUUGUUACCGUCUAUCACGUGCACCAGGGUGGAUGGACGCAGAUUUCACGUGACGAUCAGACCAAACUAUAUGACCGCUAUGUGAACUAA